AUGUGGCAUAUGGAAGAUGAGAAUAGACAAUUUUCUCAUCCAGAUGAUCAUAAUUCUUGGGCCAGCAAGGAGCGCCAUUCGAUUAAUAACCGAGGACGGGAUCAUGAAUUUCGUGGGUCCAGAGAAUUUAUGGAGCCUAAAUCCAGAGACCGUCCUGGACGGCCAUCUCGCGAGUUAAACGAAGAAAACAGAUAUUACCCGAACAUAUCUCCCGGGUUUGAUGGAAUUGAACGGCGUAAAUAUAAGCACUACCCUGAAGACGACAGAAGCGAUUCCCACAGGUACCCGAGAAAAGACAGGAGCAGGAGUCGAAGCAGAAGUCCAAGAGGUCGGGCCAGAAGUGUUAGUCCAAGACAAGAUUAUAAAAAUCAAUCUCAUAAAUGGAGUGACCAAAGAAGUGAACCUGAUAGACAUUUUCAAAUCUGCCGUGAUUUUUCUGCUGGGAAGUGCAGGAAAGGUAGCCAAUGCCGAUUUGAUCACUCUAGAAAUACCAGUCGUGGGCAUACUUCUAAAGAUUCUUACAGCAAAUUCGCUGGUUCUGAUUUACGGGAUGACGUUCCCAGUCAUUAUCAUGGAGAGGGAGAACAUUUUUGGAAGAAAAGUAGAAAUGCAAUUCCUUGCAGGGACUUCGUGAAAGGUUGGUGUAAAUGGGGUGAUUCUUGCAGAUUUUCUCACCAGCUUGUGUCAAAUGAGACUGCCGAUACAGGCAAUCCAGGUGACAACAGUAAUUCGAGAUAUGAUACUAGAUUGUCUCUUCGUGUGGAAAACGAGGAAGCAAGUUGGAGAACACGAGAAUUGGGAGACAUAGGCAUGACCGAAUCUAUUGAUAAGGAAAAUAUAUCUAACAAACAGGAAAACAAUAGUAUGUUGCAUGGUUUCCCACAGCAAAAUGAAGUGGAAAAUGUGAGUGUUCAAGAACAAAAUACAUCGCUUGACCAUGGGAUAGUAGAAAAUGGUGUGGCGACUUCAUUUAGGUCUGAUGUUGUUGAUGAGGUUAAAAAUUCGAGCAAUCCCAUACACCCAUUUCCUUUUCCAGGACAAAAUCAAAGCAGUGAACAUUUAUUAGUACCUGAGCAGUUGUCUGUUUCAAAUGCAACUGAUGUCUGGCAGAACAUGCUUAGUGGUGGCCUGGAUGCGCUCGAGACACAAGCAGGAGCUAAUUUGGAUUUACAUUCUCAGAUGCCGAACCAUCAGCCCGAGACACAAUCAGGUGUUCGUUCGGAUUUGCAUUCUCAGGUGCCAAACCAUCAGCUCGGGACACAAUCAGGGGCUCAUUUGAAUUUGCAUUCUCAGGUGAACGAACAUCCCGAGAUACCAGGAGCUCAUUUGGAUUUGCAUUCUCAGGUGAAGAACCAUCUACCUGAGACAAAUUCAGGAGCUUAUUUGGAUUUGCAAUUUCAGGCGCCGAACCAUCAGUUCGAGACGCAAUCAGGGGCUUGUUUGGACUUGCAUUCUCAGGUGAAGAACCAUCAUCUCGAGACACCUGGAGCUCAUUUGGAUUUGCAUUCUCAGGUGAAGAACCAUCUACCCGAGCCACAAUUUGGAGCUCGUUUGGAUUUGGAUUCUCAGGCGAAGAGUCAUCUUCUCGAGACACAAUCAGAAGCUCAUUUGGACUUGCAGUCUCAGAUGCCGAACCAUCAGCGAGCUGUUCAAAUCUUAACGGGGCUGUUAGAAUCAAAGGUAACUAUUCCAGGAUUUCCUCAUGAACCAAUUAAUCCCGUGGAGAAAGACACAGUUGCCAGCGAGCAUGGAACUUGUACCGAACAAUACAAUCAAAUGCAGGUGAAACAAUCGUCUCCACUGUCCACCAUUGUUAAAGUCCGGGAGAAUUCACAAGUGGAUGAUUCUGAAAAUUCAAAACAUAAGCAAGAGGCACCACUCACGAACCUAGGAGCUGAUGAAGGUUAUAAAGCUGUUGAUGAGGAGAACAAGGGAGCCGAGAACGACAAAAAAGCUGAAGUGAAAGUUGCAAGCAAGGAUGAGAAAGCAAUGCGCUUGUUUAAAAAUGGUCUAAUAGAGUUUGUGAAGGACAUCUUGAAGCCCACAUGGAAAGAAGGCCGACUGAGUAGAGAAGUUCACAAGACCAUUGUGAAAAAAGUGGUCGACAAAGUGACCAGCACAGUUCAACCCGAUCACAUCCCCAAGACGCAGGAUAAAGUUGAUCAGUACCUGUCGUUCUCAAAACCCAAAAUCGUCAAACUUGUUCAGGCAUAUGUGGAGCGUUCUCAAAAGACAGAUCCUUGA